UUGUCUCUAGUGGUUUCAUUCUUUGCAAAAUGAUAUGAACUGACAAAAGCAUCAAGAACCACAAGCACAAUAUCCAGUUUCCACACUGCUCUAAACAGCCUCAUCAAUGGCAUUUUCCAUUUCCUCCAUGCCAAAAUAUCCUUAUUCUAGCACAAAUACCAUUGCUUCAUCACCAUCCCAGUACAUAAGCAUCAAAAUCCAGUGUCUAGCUACCAAGUGCGAAUUGGAUCAAGAACCAUCAAAAGAGAUGAAGUUGGCUUCAAAGGGCUCAAAACUUGGAAUUGGUUCGGCUUCAAAGGGCUCAAAACUUGGAAUUGGUUCUCCUAUUGUAGUAGUUGAGGCUCCAAAGAUGAUUAAAACUGCAGCUUCUGUACCGUGUCUUCGAGUGAAUGCAGGGCUAGUCAAGCCUGGUGAUGUAGGAAGGAUCCUCUCAAGGAAGCCCAAAGAUGUAUGGGCUGUUCGCCUUAGCAUUGGUACCUAUCUCAUAGAUGGAAAAUAUUUUAAGCCACUUGAAGAGUUGGCCGACUGAAGUUGAUGGGCAAUGAAAUGUGUGGUCAACUUCUAAAGAUGCACCAUGUUUUUCUUGUAUUUUUUAUUCGACAAGAUGAUAGAAAGUAUAGAUUUGAUUUUGAACUAAUUACGGAUCAAAAUCUAGGCAUGAUGUAAAUUAUGGUAUAACUUUUUAUAUACUGACAAUGUAGUGGUUUUUUUU